AUGAUAUGCUUUUCAUUGGGUAUCAAUACUAUGUAUCAAGCAUAUAAUGAAAAUCGUGUAUUGGAUAAAGAUGGAAAUAUUAUUCAACAAAAAGAAACCUAUUCUAGCAUAGGAGUAACAUUUCGUAAUCUAUAUUGGUCAUUUUAUGGCUAUCUUGCUCCUUGGGAUUAUAAGCUUAUUGUGGGUAAUGCUGGUCCUAAUCAAGAGCCUACCGAACAUCCACUUACUAAUUAUGCCGGCGAAAUUACAAUUGCAGCCUUUCAUAUUGCUGUUGUAAUAACACUUCUAAAUCUAAUGAUUUCUAUGUUAGUUCGAACAGCUGAUAAAAUUCAGAAAAAUGAAGAUUUGGAAUGGAAAUUCACUCGUUGUCAAAUCUAUGCAGAAUAUUUCGAUUGGUUUACUGCUAUUCCACCACCAUUUAAUCUCAUUUACAAUACAACUUAUGCAUUACGACGAAUAUUUUCAAAUAAAUUUACAUUUGUUUAUCCAGAUUUAUGGAUUCCAGUUAAGAUUUGGAAUCCAUCCCUAAAUGAUGUUAUUGAGCAAGAUUUUUUGUAUUUGAAGUUAAUGAGAUUACUAUUCGAGCGCUAUCGAUUCGCUGAAGAAUAUCAUUACCAAACAGUUAUGAAGGAUGAUGCCGAUCGAUUCAUUGACAAAGAAAAACAUAUUCCUCCGAUUCUUUCAUUCAUGAAUUCUCCGCCGGUGUCACACAAAAUGAUUACUUACUAG